CAUGCCCGCCACCACACUCAUUGUAACAGCGUUGCAAGGGGAACAAAGAUGGCAACGAUCUAUCCGCCAUUUUCUAAAGUGAGAUAGAAUAAAGUGUUUUUUGUGAUUUCCAUGCUGUUUAGGUGGCUUUUUGUGCGAAUUUGCAACGAAACAGCAGGAAUAAGUGAAAAUGUUCGACCCGAACGUGAUCACAACCACAACGCAGCAGACGCAGAUCCAAUACCAGCAGCAACCGCAACAGCAGCAGCCGGAAAAAGACAAAAACGACCAAGACGCCAAACAGGACUUUGCCCCGUUCUGUUACGCCAACGUGAACAUGAUCCAGAAAAUCGCACCGCAAACGCAGCACUCGACUGUGAAUAUGUCGCAGCUGACGGACGACAAGUGCUACAUCACGCAGCCUGCAUUCAGUUACAACUACACGCUCGUGAACCAGAACUUGCUCACCCAGAACGCCAUAUCCAACAUUACCUUCAAGUGUGACGUUUGCGGUCUGAUGUUCGCGCACCUCAGCAUGCUCAACCAUCACAAGAAGGUGCAGCACGGUCAGACGGAUCAGCAGCAGGCGCAGCAACAACAGAUCACCGUUCAACUGAUGCCAACGCAGGUGCAGCAGGCGCAGCAGCCGACACAAAUUCAAAUAGUGUCGGCGGAUCGCAUCCGGUUCUCGUGCGAGGAAUGCGGCAUGACGUUUGCCACCCAAGGCGAGCUGAAGACGCACAAAAUCCAAAACCACCAGCAACAGCAGCAGCAACAACAGCAGCAGCAGCAGGUGCAGCAAGCUGCGCAGCAGGUGAACGCCUUGAAGAUCAAAAACUGCGAGACUUGCGGGGCGCCUUUGCCGCAGGACACCAACAAGAAAAGGGCCGUCAUGAAGGUUAAAUGUGAGAAUUGCUUGAGCGCCGAGUCCAUCCAGCCGCAGAUCUUUGUGGUAGCGGCUGCGCCCGACACCUCCGCCGUUAAGUACGAAGAAACCACCGGUACGCAAACUCAAAACACUCCCGCCUUGGGCACCCAAAACUCGAUCCCGAUCGGCAUCAAAAACAACCACCCGGUGAAGAAGAGAGGCGUGGCCAGCGUAACGAAGUGCACCAAGUGCAAUGGCAGCGGCAUCAUUUUCAUUGGAGGAACCAAGAACCAGCAAAACAACGUCGACAAGCCGUUUCAUUGCAACAUUUGCAACGGCUCAUUCAGCAGGUAUUCGUCCCUUUGGUCGCACAAACGGCUACAUUCUGGCGAAAAGAACUUCAAGUGCAACAUUUGCGGCCUGGCGUUUGCCAAGGCGGCGUAUUUAAAGAACCAUUCCAGAAUCCACACGGGCGAGAAGCCCUACAGGUGCAACGUGUGUGGCAUGCAGUUUUCCCAGUCGCCGCACUUGAAGAACCACGAGCGGAUCCAUUCGGGGGAGCGGCCCUACGUGUGCGAAGUGUGCGAUAAAUCUUUUGCCCGGCAUUCCACCUUGUGGAACCAUCGGCGCAUCCACACAGGCGAGAAACCUUAUAGGUGCGAAAUUUGCAGUUCUUGCUUUAACCAAGCCACCCACUUGAAGAACCACCAGAAAGUGCACUCGGGAGAGAAACCGUUCAAAUGUGAUAUUUGCGCAGUCGGUUUUUCGGACAGGUUUGCCCUUAAGCGUCAUCGAAAUAUCCACGAAAAAUAUGGGCGAACCAAACCGAUGAACCAGCCCGCCGAGGUUCAGGUCGAUAACACUUCAGUUGACUCGUCAACAGAUGGCGUUAUGCAGGUUCAAGAGAGCUCCGAUCACGAUGAGGAAGAACUGGUGGAGGCAAAGUACGAAGAGUCUGAAGAACUGGUGGAAGAAAUGGAAGAUAUCGCUGAGCUGCAAGUGCAACUGCAAUAAAUGCCGACGGUGUGGCUUCUUUUGAUGCACUGAUGGCCUAAAGGCGUUGUUUUAAACGCCUCUUAUUUGAAUUUCAGUCGAAUGUAUAUAUAAAGCAAUUUUUUUAAGAACGCGACGCAUGUUUGGGACUCGAAGCGUAUGAAACGUUUGCGUUAAGAUGUUUCAAUCAACAAUAGAAAAAUCAUUCAAACAAGUGCUUUCGUUUGCCCCAAAUCGACAAACGCUAGAGCAACUGAGUUUUUUCAACGCCUGAAACGGGAUGAAAUCAAAACAGGCCGAUAAGUUUGAAUUACUGUUUAUUUUAAAUACGCACAUAGACCUGCUAUAAUUCAUAAUAAUAAUUAAUUAUUCACUAUGGUAGAAUUUAAAAUAUACCCUAGCAGUUAUAAGUAUGUAACAAGAGAAACUUCCAUUAAGUAUAUUGAGUGGAAUGAGACAUUUUUACAAUAAUAUUACUUCGUUGAAAUAA